CCUGCAUGGGUCCCUGCAGCAGCCCGGGCCUGGGUCAGCCGGGAGUGGAGUCGCCUUCUCAGCCCCCCAAGAGGAGGAAGAAGAGGUACCUACGGCAUGACAAGCCCCCCUACACCUACUUGGCCAUGAUUGCUCUUGUGAUCCAGGCUGCACCCUCCCGCAGGCUGAAGCUGGCCCAGAUCAUCCGGCAGGUCCAGGCGGUGUUCCCCUUCUUCAGAGAUGACUAUGAGGGCUGGAAGGACUCCAUUCGGCACAACCUCUCUUCCAACCCAUGCUUCCGCAAGGUGCCUAAAGACCCCGCGAAACCCCAGGCCAAAGGCAACUUCUGGGUCGUGGACGUGAGUCUGAUCCCGGCGGAGGCGCUGCGCCUGCAGAACACUGCGCUGUGCCGGCGCUGGCAGAGGGGCGCGCGGGAUGCCUUCGCCAAGGACCUGGGCCCCUACGUGCUGCACGGUCGGCCCUACCGACCACCCAGCCCACCGCCACCCACCAGCGACGGCUUCAGCAUAGAGUCUCUGCUCGGGGACUCCAGUGAGGGCACUGCCCGGGCCCAGCCAGAGCCCCGGAGCAGCCCCACACCCGAGCCCCGCCAUGGGGACAAAGUGGUGCCCACUUCACCCUUACCCUCCGAGAGGCCCGUGUGGGUCCCCCGCCCCCUCCCUGGGUCCAGGCCCAUGAGAGUAGAGGGGGAAUCAUUCCAGGUGGGCACAAGUGGGGCCCCACACCUCAACUCAGAGCCUAGGCCCUGGCCCCUCCACUUCAUGCAGGGCACCCCAGGUGCUGGGGGACUGUCCAGUGGGGGACACAGGGCUUCGUUUUGGGGGCAGCUGCCCACCUCCUACUUGCCCAUCUACACUCCCAAUGUGGUGAUGCCUCUGGCCUCAGUGCCAUCCACCUCUUGCCCCCAGUGCCCACCCUCAACCAACCCAACCUACUGGAGGGUAUCUCCUGAAACCCAUGCCCCCCCAGGGCUGCUCUGGGAUCUAGAUGCUCUUUUUCAAGGAGUACCACCCAACAAAAGCAUCUACGACGUGUGGGUAAGCCACCCCCGGGACCAGGCUGCUUCUACACCAAGCUGGCUACUCUCCUGGUACAGCUUGUGAGCACCCCCCCCAACCUUGCACCUCCCUCCAAGCUUUCCUCUCCCAUCCCUGCUGACUUACUGGGGGGUGGGUGUGUAUCAAGAUCAAGAGGAGCCUUUGACCACAACAACCACCUUAAAAUACCAGGCUCCCACUACAGAGUCCACAAUGUUUAUUGGACCCCACAAAGGGAUGUGGCCCAGAUCAGGCCUGCCUAUCCAACCCCCAGAGAGGCAAGGCUGGAAGGGGCCCAGCUCAGCUUGGAGAAGGCCAGCCAUGUCCCCUCUUUCCAGGCUAUCUGUCCACCAACCCACCAUCCAUCCAUCCAUCCAUCACCAUCUGUCACUGCCCCUCCCUGCCUCUAGGGAGAGGGAAAUCCUGAUGGCUCCAGUCUUGAGAAGUUCUGUCCUUCUUCAACUGCCAUGGGGAAGGAGGUAGCACCGUUAGGGGGAAAGUGGACGGAGAGUGAAGAUGCCCCUUGGUUUUCCCCUGGUUUUGCGGUGGUGGGGAGAACAGUAAAGGAACAACAACAUUUGCA